AUGGAGCAAACCUACGGCGAAGUGAACCAACUCGGCGGCGUCUUUGUCAACGGGAGGCCGCUGCCCAACGCCAUCCGCCUGCGGAUCGUGGAGCUGGCCCAGCUCGGCAUCCGACCCUGCGACAUCAGCCGGCAGCUGCGGGUGUCUCACGGCUGCGUGAGCAAGAUUUUAGCCCGGUACAACGAGACCGGCUCCAUCCUGCCCGGCGCCAUCGGCGGGAGCAAACCCCGCGUCACCACCCCCAACGUGGUGAAGCACAUCCGAGACUACAAGCAGGGCGACCCGGGGAUCUUCGCCUGGGAGAUUCGGGACCGCUUGCUCGCCGACGGCGUCUGCGACAAGUACAACGUGCCUUCGGUGAGCUCCAUUAGCCGGAUCCUGAGGAACAAGAUCGGCAGCCUUUCGCAGCCCGGCGCGCCCUACGACGCGAGUGGUGGCAGCGGCGGCGGCAGCAGCAAACAAUCUGCCCCGCAGCCGGCCUUACCCUACAACCACAUCUACCAGUACCCUUACCCCAGCGCCGUCUCAGCCUCCGGCACUAAGAUGGGCAGCCACGCCGGAGGAGCUCCCGUCUCCGCGGCCCACGUCAACCUCCCCCGCUCCUGGCCUUCCGCGCACUCGGUCAGCAACAUCCUAGGCAUCCGCACCUUCAUGGAGCAAAGCGGUGUUCUAGCUGGGACAGAUGGUUCUGCCUAUCCUCCCAAACUCGAAGGACUGGCAAGUGUGAAUAGAACCACCUCCUCUGCCGGGCAUGGGGUCAAUGCACUUGACAAAUCAGCAGCAGAAGCAGACAUUAAAUAUCCCCAGCCCCCUCCUGGGCUCUCGGCUGUGAGUCCUUUCCUGUCCCCUUGUGCAUAUCCAUCAUCAAACACUGGCGUUUAUGGAGGGCCCGGAGGAAGCUACCUAAGUCCAUCUCAUCACCACUGGCCGACCCAAGGUAACCCCUUGGCUCAUCACCACGGGCCUGGAGUAGCUGUUCAUGGUACAGAACUGGCUUCCACUGUGGCUUUCAACAUCUCUCCAGAGAAGAUUACAGAUUCCAAGAACCCUCACACCAUAAAAGAGCUUCUAGUGCUGAUUUAG